UUUCUCAAGAUAUUUGUAUUCCUCAACCAAAAGGCAUAUAUCUUUCCAAUGGCUGAACCACAUACUCAUCACCCUUUUCCAGCACCAGUGAAAAAUGCUCCGAUCAUUAACCCUCAUUUUUGUGCUCCUUAUACCGUUGAUCUUCUGAUCUUCAGGAGGGUCAGGGAGAUGCAACACGGGGACUUUGUUGUCACGGAUAGAAACACAGACAUUAUAUUCAAACUCAAAGACGAAUCCAAACACUCCCUCAAUUCUAGAAGGGUCUUGCUUGAUGCUGCUGAUAUUCCCAUUAUUACAUUGAAACCCAAGAACUUUUCUAUGCAUGAUAGAUGGGAAGUUUUCAAAGGAGAAAGCACAGAUGCUACUGAUCUCUUAUUCACUGUUAAACGAUCUUCAAUUGCAAUGUUCCAACGGAAGACAAAACUAGAUGUUUUCUUAGCAAAUAAUACGGAGCAGAAGGUCCCUGAUUUUAAAGUCAAAGGAAGUCGGAAACAAGGACCCUGUCUCUUUUACGCUGGAGAGUCUUCUUCUAUUGCCGCUCAAAUGCACAAGAAGGCCAAAGUCCAAAACUUGUUUCUCCGAAGGACGGCAAUGGUGACAGUCUUUCCGGACCAUGAUUAUGGAUUCAUUGUGGCUCUUAUCAUUAUUCUCGCAGCAAUCAACGAACAGACUGGUGAUACGGGUAGUGGUUGCUGUGGUGGUGGAGGUUGCUGUGGUGGCGAUGGGUGGGGUGAUGUCAGUGGCGGUGGUGAAGAUGGUGAUAAUGAUGGUGAUAAUAAUGGUUGUGGUGCUUGCGGUGGUGGUGGUGGUUGCGGCAGCGGCGCCGGUUGUGGUUGCGAUGACGGUGGUUGUUGAUAGAAAUUUUAAUUUAGGUCCCGUUUGGUAUAGCGGUUUUGAGGUAACGGUUAGCGGUUUUACUUAAACCGCUAAAUAUAGGUGUUUAGUAAAU